AUGGGGCUGUUUCAAAUCCCCGAGCUCAACACCCGGAAAGGCACCCUGCGCGCCUAUCAUCUGGCCGCCAUUGUCUUCAUCUCGUCAUUUCUGUCGGGCUAUGACUCGGGUAUUGCUGGUGGGAUCCUGACGUACAAGUCCUUUCAGGCCGACUUCCGCUACUCCGCCGCCCAUGUGUCCAAGGUCUCCUCCCUGACGGUGGGGUUGGAGCAGCUGGGGUCGUUCGUGGCCGCGCUGUGUGUCUACCCGAUUACCAACAAGUUUGGCCGCAAAUGGACCAUCAUUGGCGCCACAGCCAUCUUCUGUGUCGGCGUGAUUAUCCAGGUCAUCAACACCCGCUCGUUGCCCGCCUGGUAUGUCGGCCGUGUCGUCGCCGGUCUCGGCAUGGGCGCCCAGAGUGUCGUGAUCCCCAUGUACUCGGCGGAGAUGACCCCCAAGGAAAUCCGGGGUCGCUGUGGUUCAUUCUACCAGUGGCUCUACGCCUGGGGUGUUUUCCUGGCGUACUGGAUUAACUACGGUGUUGCCGCGAACCUCUCAAUCGCUGCCACCUCGCGCGAGUGGCAGAUCCCCGUCGGGUUGCAACUGGUGUCUGCCGGCGCCCUGCUGAUCGGCUCCUUCACCCUGCCCGAAUCGAUCCGGUGGCUCCUGACGCAAAAUCGGACCGACGAUGCCUGGAAGUCCAUCACCUGGAUCCGUGGCGAUGAUGGCCCGAAGACACGCGAGGAGUUCACCGAGACCCAGCUGGGUCUGCAGGCCGAGCGCGCUGAGCGCGAAGGCUUCUCGAUCAAGGAAUUGCUGGAGCCGGCUAACCGCCUGCGUUUCAUGGUCGGGCCUCUGCUGUUCAUCUUCCAGAAUGCCACAGGAAGCAGCGCUCUGGCGGUGUUUGCCCCGCAAUACUUCAAGUUGGUGGCCGGCGGCUCAAGCCAGCAGAGCCUGCUACUGACCGGUCUGUUUGGUGCCGUCAAGGUCAUUGCCUGCUCCUUCUUUAUCUGGGUCCUGUCGGAGCGCUUCGGUCGCCGAGUCACGCUCGUCAGUGGUGCUGCUCUCAUGUCUGCUUGCAUGCUGAUCACGGCGCUGAUUGUCGACAAUACCUCAACUAAUGUGAAUGGACAAGUCACCAACGCCGGGCGGGCGACUGUCGCGAUGAUCUACCUCGACAUUAUGAUCUACAACUGCUCCUGGGGUCCAAUGCCCUGGGCCUACGUGCCCGAGAUCUUCCCGACCCGGAUCCGCGCGCUGGGCCUGGCACUCAGCAUGCUCGCCCACUGGGCCUCAUCAUUCUGCUUCUCAUUCGCAAGCCCCUACAUGAUCACCAACGUCGGCGCUAACACCUUCCUGAUCUUCAUGGGCUUCGACAUCGUAGCCACAGUCUUCUGCUGGUUCUUCGUCAGGGAGACCCGUGGCAAGAACCUCGAGGUUGCCGCUGGUACGGAGUGGGAGGUUGCCGAACGCAGCUCGUCCGAUGAUGGCGAGAAGGGUGGCGUGCUUGGUCCUGACGGCAAGCGGGUACAGCUCGUCAGCGUGCAUGAGAACUUCCAUGCCAAUCUCAGGCAUAAGUCUUAG